ACACGCAUCUUCCUAAUGUCACGCAGAAACCUGACUCAGCUGAAGUCUGACUGUAUUUCAUCAUACUCACUUUUAUAUCUUCCUCUCUGUUGUCCAGUGUUUGAGGAGCCUGAAGAUCCCAGUAAUCGCUCCUUCUUCUCCGAGAUCAUAUCCUCAAUCUCAGAUGUAAAGUUCAGCCACAAUGGACGCUACAUGAUGACCCGAGACUACUUGUCCGUAAAGAUUUGGGAUCUGAACAUGGAGAGCAGGCCAGUGGAGACCUACCAGGUUCAUGAGUACCUGAGGAGCAAGCUGUGCUCGCUGUACGAGAACGACUGCAUCUUUGACAAGUUUGAGUGCUGCUGGAAUGGCAAUGACAGUGUGGUGAUGACCGGCUCAUACAACAACUUCUUCCGGAUGUUCGACCGCGGCCAGAGGCGGGACGUAACUCUGGAGGCGUCCCGAGAAAACAGCAAGCCCAUGCAGGUCCUAAAGCCCCGCAAAGUGUGUGCGGGCGGCAAGCGCAAGAAGGACGAAAUCAGCGUGGACAGUUUGGACUUCAACAAGAAGAUCCUCCACACCGCCUGGCACCCCCAGGACAACAUCAUCGCCGUGGCGACGACCAACAACCUCUACAUAUUCCAGGACAAAGUGAACUAACGCCGCGGUGAGUUUACCUGAGAUCUGGCGCGGGGGGACGUCCCGUUGCAUCAGCCUCGCAAACCUCACCCAGGGGUGAUCUGCGGUAACGCCCGACAACCAGCAUCCCUGUCCGUCGCUACUGGGUGACAAGACUUUGCCACUUUGUUCUAGAUGUGGACAGAGGAAGCCUCGCUCUUGCCCAUCAUCAGCCUGUCUGUGGCAGAGUAACACCUGCCUUGUUGUUUAAGUGAUGUUGUGCCAAUUUUUUUCUUUGCCCUAUUUUGGUAUGGCUUUAUUUUUUUUGCCAGCCCGUCUGCCCUUUUUCUUCCCCGGGGGUAACAUGGGUACACGUUUAAUUUCCUUAAAAAAAUCAGAAUACACUUAUUUUUAUAACUUUCCCCUGCCAAUGGCUCUGUGGUAAAAACACACUUAUUUAGUAAUUCCCCUUAUUGUCCUGUGCCAUUGUAGUGUUUAUUUUUCUAAGAAAAAUUUGCCAGUCUUUUUUUUUGUGUGUAUACACAUUUUUAUUAAUUCAACCAUUAGACUGCCAUAGUAUUCUUCACAAACCUGGUUCAUUCAACCUUACAUACCCAACAGUCACAAAUGUAUGCUCACAGUUUCCUUGCAGGACAGCAACACCUCAGUGCUCGCCUCCAGGAGUUUAAGGAUUGUUUCACAGAUGUAAAGCCCGGCCAGUUGCUGUGCCUCGGGCUAAAAUAAGUCCAGACUACAAAAUAGGUUCUUUUUUUUGAUUGGCUCUGUCUUUCGUGCAUCGGUUCCUCUUCCUCCUUUUGUUUGUGUUGGACAAGGUAUAAGAGAUAGCCUAUUAACAAAUAAUUAUUAUGACUGUCAUAUUUAUAUUAAAAAAAGUUAAAAUGUCACCAGAUUUGUUCCGUCCUAUUUUGUGAAAUGAAGCUGGACCUUACACAUCUUUUCGAGUGAUCUUUAAGUAUUGUCUUCCCGUGGUGUACCACAGCUCCGAAGCAGUACUUCACAACAGGGAAAAACCUUUUUUUGAUUUGACACUGGACUCUUGCUGCACCAACUAAAGUACUUGGAUGUGUUGUCGGUUUAAAAGAAAACAUUAUUUGAGGCAUUACGUCACUUAAAGUGUUUGUUUAAAACUACUGCAGACAUUAUUACUGCUACUGUAAUGUGAUGGUACAAAAACUGCACCAGGACUUGCAGCUGUUGUCUCCACACGUAUUUAAAAUGUGGACAGUUUAAUUAAAUUGAUGCCUCUAGUAAUGUAUAACUACAGUUUUAAUCUAUGACGGUGAAGAUAAUAAAGGAACUACUUUUUG